AUGUUCGUUCAUAACGAAAAUUAUGAGGGGAAAAGUUUAGCAGAUGUCAUCAAUGACAAACACAUCAAUCCGAUCUAUCUUCCUGGGUUCAAAAUCCCCGAAAAUGUGCUUGCUUCGUGUAACAUUGAAAGUGUUGUCCAGAAAGCUGACAUACUCGCGAUAGUUUAUCCGUCACGCUACGUUCCAUGGCUUUUGGAUCGCAUACAGGAUACUGUUAAAGACACCGCUUACUUUAUCACUUUCACAAAAGGACUUAUCGUUGACCCGGAUGGACGCCAUCUCGGGCUCGUAAGUGAUCUGGUCCGCGAGAAAACCAAGAGACCAUGUAUCGCUGUUAUUGGGGCAACCACGGCUCUAGAAGUAGCUUGGAAACACUUUACGGAGGCCACCAUCGGUGCCACAGACAUGAUCAUCGCAAAUGAAGUCAAGCGACUGCUCUCGGCGCCCUACUUUGGUCUCACAAUUUCCACCGAUGCGGUUGGCGUGGAGUUGUGUGGUGCACUAAAAAAUGUCGUCGCGAUUGCGGCCGGUGUGGCUGAUGGUUUGCGUCUGGGAGACAAUACAAAGGCGGCCGUAUUACGUUUAGGCUUUUGGGAAAUGUUCAAACUGAUGAAGGAAUUGUUCCCCAAUCGCGGUGUUGAAGGCAUCACCCUCGAGGAGAGUUGCGGUGUGACUGAGCUAUUCGUCUGUAUGUCCCACCGUUCGGACAAGCUGCCGGCCUUCGGUUCCGAUAUGGACUUGAUGAAUAUUACACUUGGUAAAUCAUUGGCUACCAAACGAAGACAAUCUGAGGGUACCAUUCCAUCAAGGGACCGGAGUGCACACCCGACAUUUGUGGACGGUGCCGAAUACGCCCAAGUGAUAUACAAUAUCCUGAAAGCCAGCGACCUUCUGGACCACUAUCCGUUGUUUGUUGCCGUACAUCGAAUGUGUCAAGGUCAACUGAAUCCGGAUCGUUUUAUCGACUGUCUACGCACGCAUCCGGUGCACGGAUGA